AUGAGUUCGGACCGCAUGCCGUCCAGGUCGGACGUGAUGGCGUGGAGCCCGCAGCAGCUGGCGGACUACCUGAGAAGGCUCCUCGGGAUCCUCCGAGCGGCGGGGUCAGCUGACUCACGCUCAGACGGCGCCGUGAACCAAACCAGAACGUUAGUGAGCAGCAGCUCACCUCAGAGGCUCAGGACGUCCAAAUAUCAAGAACCAGAAAUCAACUCUGAGCCUCAGGGAUGGGGCGAAGACGAGUUUGACGAUGAAUUUGACGAUGACUACGAGAGUCCGUACAGCGACGAUGACGGCAGCGGGGGAGACUACGAGUCCCCAAACGAUGACCAGGACGCGGGUAACGAUUACGAGCCGCCUCCUUCCGAACCCGCAGAGGACCACAAGCUGUGCCCCCCCCGGCCCAUCGGGGACGGGGAUUACAUUGACAACCACGUGUCCCGAGGUCAGCCCCCCGCUGUGUCUCCCCGCCCCCCCGUCUCUACGCCACCAUCUCGGAUGCCCAUGGACGCUCGCAGAGACCCCUCCCCUCACUGUGGUCCACGACCUCCUGGAAAGCUGCCUCCUGAGCCGCCGCAGGUCUUUCGUAACAACAAACCAGGCAGAGGUCCAGGAUCCAACCCGUCCCCCAUCAGAGGACCGAACAACACGCGGGACAGGCCGGGCGGACAACCUUGGAGGCCACCGCAGGAGGAUCCACCCACCUUUACCAAGCCUCCUCUGCCCUCCACCAACAUCAACAGGAGCAACUCCUCCGCCCGCCUCUCACCCAGCAGCAGGACGGACAGGAGAGCGCAGCUGCCAGACGAAGUGUCAAAUAGCAACACUUUCCCUCUUAGCAAGCCUCCCCGGCCCGGACCCCCGGGCCCUCCCGCUGGAGACAGGACUGGAUCUCUGCCACACAAACUGCAACCUCCGAUGCCGUCGGGCAGACAGUCGGUUCGUCCUCCUCCAUCUGCAGCAGGAUACACACAGGAGCUGGACCCUCGCUGGUAUGUGGGUAAAGUGACCCGAGGUCAGGCUGAAGGAUGUCUGAAGCGAGUCUGCAAGGAUGGGGCGUACCUGGUGAGGGACAGCACCCGGCAGCAGGCGAACCAGCCCUUCACCCUGAUGGUCUACUACCAGGACAAAGUCUACAACAUCCAGAUCAGGCAGCAGAACCAGCAGUUCGUGCUGGGAACCGGACUCAAAGUCCAGGAGUCCUUCCCGUCAGUCAGUGACAUCAUCAGCCAUUAUUCCCAGUCUCCUCUGCUGCUCAUCGAUGCCAAAAACCGGAGCGCCAGCCAGCAGAACCAGUGCAUGCUCUCAGACCCGGCAGGAUACUACCUGGGUGGCCAGAACUGGUCCUGACCGGACUGAACCGGAUCAAACUUUACGAUGAUUUACGAUGAAUGUUCAAACGCCACUAGCGGCUGUGCUAAACGUCUUCCUGUUUCCAGGAAGCUGUGCUGUGUGGCGCCAGAGGAAAAUGUUGGAUUUUUGCACAUGUUGCUUCAGUUGUUCGUUUGCCUUUUUGUGUUCCUGUUUUUACGGGUUUGUGACAAAAAAAUGUCCCUUUGAAUCUUAAGAAGAGUUCUUAAAAGUUUCAGCUUCUCUUUGGGGUUUCUGUCGACACUCGAUGACGCUGGGCCAACUCGACAGCGUUCACUUAAAAUACUUUCAAACUAAGCCGACUGUUUCUGUCGUCCUCACCUCCACGUAACCUGUGCUUCACUGUUCACCUGUCUCAGCUGUCCUCAAUAAAACCAUCAUGUGAUGUCA